UUGUUUACUAAAAAAAACAGAUCUAUUGUAUUUUUAUUUUUUUUUUCAAGUUUUAAAAAUUAAACUAGAAAUCAGAAAAGUUUAAUAUUGAAGAAUAGCAUCCCAUAAAAUAGAACCACACAAGUAUAAAUAAUCUAUAGACGUAAAACUUCCUACAGAAAAGAUUGAAACAAUUUUUUUAUUACUAAGGUAUUCAUUUAUUUCUACGAUUUUACAAAUUACAAUGGACGAGGAAGGGACUGAGAAAAUAUGCAUUCCGGGAAUGCGUCUAAGUACGUUACAGGGGCACAGCAGUGGUCAAGGAACUUACGUAAAAGACGGUUACAUUUUCGCUGCUUUGUCGGGCAUACUGAAAACUGAAGAAGACAACAAGGUUAUAAAGCUCUCAGUAGUAAGUCUAAUAACACCUAGCAUCCUUCCAAAAGCAGGUGACAUAGUCACAGCCAAAGUGAAUGUUGUCAACUCAAGACAGGUUCAAUGUGUUAUACUGUGUACAGGUCAGACAAUCUUGACGCGACCAUAUAAAGGGAUUAUCAAGAAAGAGGACAUACAGCUAAAGUAUAAAGAUGGGAUUGAUCCGUAUAAAUGUUUCCGGCCAGGUGACAUUGUAUUGGCUAAAGUUCUUCCAACAACAGAGCUACAUUGGUACCACCUGUCUACAGAAGAUAAUGAACUGGGUGUUAUCAUAGCAACUGCAGAAGGAUCUCCUCCAGGUGUGAGCAUGAUACCCAUCAACUGGUCAAUGAUGCAGUGCCCUAAAACAUUAGUGAAGGAAUUGAGAAAAGUUGCCAGAGUGGUGCCAGAAAACAUCAAUGAAGCAUUAUUACCGCUUCAUUUUAACCAAGAUGAUGAAAGUCUACUGUUGAAUAAAUAAAUAAAUAAAUAA